UCGCCAGCCUGGAGUAGUUGAGUUUAAAUUGGUUGGCGGUUAGGUGCCGGGCUUUACGACGACUACAAGGAUUUUCUCGGUGUUUGCUGCGGGACUCGCAGUUACUGCUUCGCGAUUUCUUUAUUCCCAGUCCGUGAAAGACGUUCUCGGUCGUCCUCUCUGCCUCCUUGCACCCUGCUGCCAUCUCCACCUGUGAUCCUGCAUCUCAGUGCCCAGCUCUCCGCAGCCUCCACCCAAGCACCAUGGCUCCUAGGAAAGGUAGCAGUCGGGCUACCAAGACCAACUCGUUACGGAGUCGGAAACUCGCCUCGUUUCUUAAGGACUUCGACCGUGAAGUGCAAGUACGGAUCAAGCAAAUUGAGUCAGACAGACAGAACCUCCUCAAGGAGGUGGAUAACCUGUACAACAUCGAGAUCCUGCGGCUCCCCAAGGCGCUUCGCGAUAUGAACUGGCUCGAAUACUUCGCUCUUGGUGGAAACAAACAGGCCCUGGAAGAGGCAGCAACAGCUGACGUGGAUAUCAUGGAAAUAAACAAACUAACAGCAGAAGCUAUUCAGACACCCCUGAAAUCUGCCAAAAAACAAAAGGUAGUACAAGUGGAUGAAAUGAUCAUAGAAGAAGAAGAAGAAGAAAAUAAACCUAAGAAUUUUCAAACUACAAAAGUCAAAAGGUGUCCUCCAUCUAAGAAGAGAACCCAGUCCGUACAAGGAAGAGGCAAAAGGUCAAGCUGUGACGACUUUGUAACCCCAGCUAUGGGACGAAUGGAGCUGUCUCUGGUGAAACCAACUCCAGGCAUGACACCCCGUUUUGACUCCAGGGUCUUCAAGACCCCCGGCCUGCGCACCCCAGCAGCCAGGGAGCAGAUCUACAACAUCUCUGUCAAUGGCAGCCCUCUCGCUGACAGCAAAGAGAUCUCCCUCUCUGUGCCAGUGGGCGGCGGUGCGAGCAUGCGGUUAUUGGCCAGUGACUUGCAGAGGAUCGAUAUUGCACAACUGGAUCCAGAGGCCUUAGGGAACAUCAAGAAGCUCUCAAACCGUCUCGCCCAAAUCUGCAGCACCAUACGGACCCACAAAUGAGAAGACUACAGAACACGUCAGACUGGAUCAGAACAUGUGUAUCUCCCUUUCCCCUCCUGUUUCUCCUUUUCUGGUGCAAGGAGGAGGGGGGACUACCAAGGGGGCCCCUAGAAUUUUUCACCUGCUGUACCCAGCAGUUCUUGGCAACCCAGUUUGUGGAACAGCAUUUUGUGUUUAUUCCUGUUUAUCAAAGACCAAAAAUUGCUUGGAGGCAACUUCCAUUUCUUGCACCUCUACCUCUCUAGUUAAUGGGAAUUUAGAUAAAGGAAUUACAGGACUUAGAGUAGUCGAGGGUUUUAUGUGACCAACCACAGAGUAACUGUCUCUAAGCUAUGUGAUCCAGUGGUCACUACUGAGUCUGCCAGCUGCAUCUGAUGAGGAUGGGAUUCAUCGAGAGGACAAGAGCAACUUGUCUGGCGACUUCAUUCCACGUGUUUAACUUAUGCCCAAGGCAAGGACUUGAUGUGAAAUCACCAGUGAGACCUUUGUGCUUCAACAGCCUCUGCCCCAAAGAAUCAUGUCUUGUGUUCCAAGAAUUUGGGGACAAGUAUUCUCAUUCCCAGGCUUGUAGAUACAUGGCCUUCUUCUGUUUGGCUCUUGGUUAUAUUUUAUAUUAUUAAAUUCAGUCCUGCACAGACUGAAUUGUUUUCAAGUUGUUUUAUUUUCCCUUUCCUGUCUUUUGUACAUAUUGUCUUCCUGAGUAAUGGUAUCCUUACUUUCAAUAAAUUUUGGUUUGGUUUGCUUUUUUCAAUA